AUGGCAAAUCGAAGGAUCAAAUUCGACUCCUUGCAGUAUCGUAUGAUCAGAUUCAGUCAAAGAAAUGAGGAGAAGAUGGACUCGGAGCCUUGGAUUAGGAGGAUUUUGAGUCCCAACAUUGAGAAUGAGCAACAAGUCUUUAGGUGUCUGUCGAUGCUGUUCUCAACUGUAAUGCCUUCUUGCCAUGCAAAUUUACGUAUGCCAUGGAAAUUUCGAGGGAUUUGUCCAACCUUGGCAAAACGCUACAUUGCUUUGAUACGUGAACUUGCGGAGACAGCACCACCAGACAACGAUGAAAAAACUAGUAACAGGAACGACGAGAGUAAAGAUCGAUUGGUAGCGACAUUAAUUGUCACGGUGCACAAGUCGAAGAGUGAGCUGACAUCCCCUGCAUUUCUUGACAAAAGCCUUUCAUCGUGA